AUGAAGUUUGGCCAGGACUUUGAAGCGGCCCUCGCUCGCGGCGAGUAUCCUCCGGACUGGGUGAACUCGGCCAUCUCUUACAAGAAGCUCAAGAAAUGCAUCAAACGUGUGCAACAGGAACUUCUGAGCCUUGGGCUGGAUAAAGACACCCUUGACGCCCUGUGGAAGCACGUUGGCUCCACUGGUUCGGACCUGGACGGCAGUACAACUGAUACCUUGCUACAAUAUACAGUCGAGGACGGUGAAAGGGUCAGCUUCACACCUAAGCUGACAAUCCUCGUCGACCCUCGUGAUGGCUCUCCUAUGGACGCAUGGUUGAGUCCCGACACUCGAAGGAUCCUACGACGUCUUGCCAGAUCCUCAAACCCUCGCAUUGAUCUCGCUGAGCACCAGGAACAAUCUUCGAGUGCACAACCCAGAUUACCUGGCGAUCAUGACCCUGAGCGGACCAUUGCGACCGACAAGAAUGGAAAAUCAUUGAACAAUGAGCAGCAGCAUUUAGACACGGUGGAAGUGCCUUUGACUGCAGAUUCUGAGUUCUUUCAAACACUACGUCGGGAAUUGACCUGCCUAGAUGACCUGCAACAAGCAGAGUACACACGUCUCCGGGGAGAAAUCACUCGGCUGGGCAGCGAACUCCGCGCCCUACAAGCAAGCAAUUCAAACCGAUCUAAAAAGGAGGUCGAAGCAUGGCGAAAGAUUUUCGAACUCUACUCCGACGCCGAAGUCUUCCUGUCCUCUCACGAGGUCGAUGCAGGUGCCCGAGAUGCGGCACAUGCUCAAAACCAAUUUCAACUUUUUAGCCAGUCUCUAGCGGCACAACGGAAGAAGGAUGCCGUAAAGCUUGGAAAGGAAGCAGAUGGUGCUUUGUCUCGCUUCCUCCAGAUCAAUGUCAACCUCCUGCGGCUGAUCAGGUUCCAAGAAAUCAAUCGCACUGCUCUUAACAAGAUCAUGAAGAAAUUUGACAAGCGCACGGCUCUACACGCGAAAUCCUCGGUGGCACGAUCACUUACAAAAACCUCUCCGUUCAUGGUCGAAGAUUUGGCCAAGGCCACGUGCUUCACCAUUUCGGAAGAAGUGUUAAGGAUUAUCCCACAGCUCAAUGAUUACCUUUGCCCAAUAUGUUUCAGCAUCUCGUGGAGACCCAUCAGAUUACGGUGCGGUCACCUAUUUUGUAUCCGAUGUAUGAUUGUUCUGCAAAGGGAGGAGAAAGAUCACUGUCCUCUAUGCCGAGAGGAGGUCGUCAUGGAGGCCACUGAAAAAAACAUCGACAAAGAAAUGGUCAAAUUCCUCAAGGCGAAUUUCAAAAAUGAUGUGAAAGAGAAGCAGAAGCAAAACGAGAUCGCAGCCGGAAUUGAUCAGUGGGGGGCCGCGUACGAGCAUGCUCAGAUGCAGAGAUGUGUUGUCAUGUGA